GACGUUUGACGUUGACAUUUCCUUGUUAAAACCCAAAACUACAAAUAGGUUAUAUUAGAUAAAAAAGCAUAAUCAGUAAAAAUAAAUUUAUCAAUUGAAACAUAUAUAAAUGGCAACGGUGAAUCAAAAUAUAUUAAAAAAAUUCCGUAAGGCGACCAUACGACAGCAAGGCGAUGGAGAUGAAGCGAAAGUGGAAGUGCGUGAAGAUGAAGAGCAAUCAAUUAAAUUACAAGAAAUAAUCGAUCUUUUAGUUGCUGCGGGGUAUUUUCGGGCUAGAAUUAAAGCACUAUCAGCUUUUGAUAAAGUAGUUGGGGGGAUUACGUGGUGUAUCGAUUCGUGUAAUGUUGAUAUAGACGUUGAUUUAUUAUUUCAAGAGAAUUCAACGAUUGGACAAAAAAUAUCGUUAACUGAGAAAAUUGUAGCCGUCUUACAAAAAAUGAAAUGUAGCCAUAAAAUUGAGCCACAUCAAAUCCAAGGUUUAGAUUUUAUUCAUAUAUUUCCAGUUGUUCAAUGGUUGGUUAAAAAAUCGAUGGAAUUUAGAAAAGAUCAUGCUGAAUUUGUUAGAUUGUACGCAGUAAACCAAUUUAAUAAAACAUUUAAUGUUGAGAAAAGCAAAAAUAAAAAAGGUAAUCAAGAAGUUUUAGAAAAUUUGGAUAAAGUUUAUGAGGCUUACAAACCGAGAAGAUUUUAUAAACGAAAAACUUUACUUCCUGAUGAUGUAACUUCUCGAGUACAAAUCACACUUUUAGAGUAUGGAAUGUAUGGUUUUAGAAGUUAUGGGAGCAGAAAAUCUAACGAAAAUGAUGACCAAAAUCAUGAGCUUCAAAUUCAACAUUUAUUAAGCAACAUGGCUAUUAGUAAUGAGAUUCCGUCAGAUUUUAAUUUAUUAAACGAUCAAGAACGAAAAGAAUUAUUUAAACAUUACACAGAACUUCAAUUUGAAAUAGGAAUUGGAACUGAAUCGAAAGAAAAACAAUUAAUAGAAGAACAAAUUAAUCGAUUAUCAACCGAUAAUGAUUCGUUAAUAAAUGAAGAGAAAUUAAUCGAAUCGGAAUUAAAUGAAAUCAAAUUGAAACAAUCGGAAGCGGUUAAAAAAUUAAAUGAAUUAGAAUGUGCCGUAGAAGAAUUAAAUGCUGGCAAUGCGAAGGAAAUUGAAGAAUUAGUUAGGGUAAAUGAUAAUUUACGACAAAAGGAGUUACAAUUUAAGGAGGAAUGUAAAAAAGAAUUGGUACAAUUACAAAAUAAAAUAGAAGAAAUGAAAAGUUCAAAUUUAACGACUGAAAAUGAAAGUUCCUUGGCGGAAGAGCUACAACAAGAGAUGGAGAAGAUGAAAAAUCUUCGAUUACAUUUAGCGAAAAAAAAUCGCGUUAUAUCUGUUUUACAAAGACAAAUGGAUGAAAGCCCGAGUCGGCCAGAACUUGCUCAAUACCAAAGAAGAUAUUUUGAAUUAUAUAACCAAAUUGCCGCGAAACACAAAGAAACGAAACAGUAUUUUACCCUUUUUAAUACAUUAGAAGAUACUAAACAAUAUAUGAAAAAGGAAUUAUCCUUGUUAAAUUCAAUAUCAGAUAGCUAUCCAGAGGCAAUGAUGUCGAAUGUUGGUCGUGAAGAAUUUUUAAGACAAUUAGAUAAAAUCGUUGAAGGUGUAAAACAAUCAAAAUGCCGUAUUGAGUUAAAUUUGGUCGAAGAAAAACAGAAAAGAGAUCAAUUAGGCGCUAAAUUACAAGGAUUAGUCGAGUUACAACGAAAAUAUGUAGCAGCAGUUCGACAACUUAGCAUAGAAUGUAAAAAAUUCGAAGUUUUAAAUCGUUCCUAGAAAUAAAUAAUUUUAUUUUACCUA